AUGAUAAUUAAUAUAAUACUUAUAAAUGCCAUAUUAUAUUAGACAAGAUCUAUUAUUCUUUAAGGAGAUGAGUGUACUUGUGAGGAUUAUACAAUUUAAUAAUGUAACGAUUAUGCAAACUGUUAAGUCAAUGGAUUUAAUUGUGGAGAAUUAAUUUGUUAAAAUAGAAAUUAUGAAUAAUGUUAAGGUAAUAUAACUGACUAUAAAUGUGUAUGGGAUGAAUUAAUCUAAGCUUGUAUUGAUUAUAAUCAUAAGUGCGAAGAAAUUCCUGAAACAGAUUGCACAUAUAAUUAAUAAAAAUAAUAGAAUUGUCUUUAUGAUUUAGAUAAUUAGUUAUGUAAAGAUCUUUCUUGUAAAUUGAUUUCACAUUCAAGUUGUCCUCCUAAUUUAUGUUUUAAAGAUGCAUCAUCAUGCUCGGAUCCAAUUAAAAAUUUUGAUUGCUCUACUUUAUCAACGAGUAAAUGUGAUUUUGUUUAUACUGGAACUGGUUAAGUGUGUCAUUUAAAUAAUUCAGGAAUAUGCAAAUCAUAUAAUCUAUAUAAAUUAUAGUUUAGUUGUAGAGACUGGAGUGAUUCUAAAAAUGGAUGCAAAAAAAUUAGCAAUUGUAAAUUCGAUUAAACUCAAAAAGUGUGUCGAGAUCCAAAAUGUUUUGAGAUAAUAUAAUUUUAUUAACUGAAACUUUUUAUACAUUUAAAUUAAACCUCUCUAAAAGAUAAAGAUACAUGCAAUUCACCAAUUAAGAGAAAUGAUUAAUCUAAAAGUGUUGAAUUAUGCAAAUGGAAUGUAGAUUAUUGUUAAGAGCUUGGAUCAAGUGAUCUAUCAAAAUUAUCAGAGAGUCAGUGUACAGAAAAAUCUGCAAAUAAAUAUAUCUGGAAUCAAAUGCAUGUUAAAGAUGCAAAAAUGUAAUAAUUAUUGAAAAUCCUUGUGAUAAUUGUUGUGGUUAGGGAAUAACCAAAUGAGAUGAACUUAAAUUUGCUUAUCCUUCUUUAACAAAUUCAUUCCAAUUAUUAAACUCUAGUUAAUAACUUAGCAAUAUUUAUUCUAAUUUAACAAAAAUAUGUUGUAAAUGUCCUGAGAUAAAAAAUUUUAAUGAUAUUUAAUCAGCGUAUCCUAAGUUAAAAUGUUAAUUGA